AUGGAGGCCUUCAUUCGCGGCCCUGAAGUAGAUGCACUGGAGGAGCAGCUGCUUCCCAAGACAGAGAAGAAAGCGAGAGCAACAAAACGGUUGUUUGAAGCAGCAGAAGCAAACAACACAGACAGAGCCCUGGCCCUUCUUAAAGACGGCGCGGACCCAGCCGUAGAGGAUGCAGCCCAGUGGAGUGCGCUGCAGUGGGCGGUUGUGCACGGCAAUGCGGUGCUGGUGAAAGAGCUGCUGAGAUACGGAGCAGCAGACCACCUCGUCGAGCUGCAGCAGCAGCAGCAGCAGCAGCAGCAGCAGAAGCAGCAGCAGCAGCAGCUGCAACAGGCUCUCGUGCCCAUCGAAGCGCAGUCUUGGCAGCUAAACCCCAAGCUAGAGCAGCUGCUGCAGCAAGAGCAGCAAAGGAGACAGCAGGCUAAAGAGAGACACUCCAAUCAGCAGCACAAACCACCGGAGGAGGCUCCCUCUGCUGCAGCAGCUGCUGCAGCAGCAGCGGAGAAGUCUUCCGCACCCUCACCAGCUGCUGCAGCAGCUGCUACACCGCAGCAGCAGGAGCAGCAGCAACAAGAAAGACCAGCAGGCGACGCAGCAGCAGCAGCAGCAGCAGCAACGCCAACAGCAGCAGCACCAACAGCAGCAGCAGCAGCAGCAACAACUACUUCAGGCACUGGGCAGCGUUUAAAGGGGAGACGCACAUUUUUUAUUUGCUGCUAA